AUGCCCAAGUCUCUCGAGAAAACCAGAAAGCAGAUUGCUAAGAAGCGACAUGGGACCAUUGGUGCCCUGCACGAGUUCUCCCGCAACUCAAAGAGGCUUCACAAGGCUCAGGUCCGAGAUGAGCGCCUCGAGAAACUCGCUGCCACCAGGAAAAAGCACGAUCAGCCACUGCUCGAAAGGGUGACCUUUUUCCAAAAGGCUGCCAGGGAGAAUGAGAAACACCCGUUCGACAUGGACAAGACCCAGGCCUUUAUCAGCCAAUAUGUCCAUCAGUACGAUGAGCAAUACGAUGCCGUCAGGAAGACCCGCAGGCCUGGAAGACCCGCAAGUGCCAGAGAAGACCUGCUCAAAAUGAAGGUCGACGCCCUGGAGAAGGAGCACCAAAACGGGUUCUUUGUCCCAGACCUCUCCAAGCAGGAGAACUUGGAUCUGCUCGACAGGUGGGAGGGAUCGUGGGCCUUUCUGGCUUCCCUGUCUUGGGUUCGUAUAUCCAAAACCGGCACCAUCAAGCCAUCUGCCUUCCCGCCCAGCUCUCAGUGA